AUGCUUCUGGAAGAUCUAGACUACCCACACUUGUUACCCGCUGACGUCUGCUUCAGUGAGCAGGACGACAGUGACCACGUGGAUGAGAGUGAUGAAGAAGCUGGUGUGAUAAUCAUGGCUGAUUCAGAGAUGGCUGGUGACGCGGCUAGUCGAAGUCGGCUACAAAAAAAAAAGUUGAUCAAAGCAAUGUCUGUUGGGGUGAGUCUAAGUAGGGCAAAUAGUCCCUUGUAA